GCCGGGAGCGGCCAAGCCGCUUCAUCCGGGCGCACCCGCCUUCUUUUCCUCCUCCUUCCCGGUGCUCAGUGCCUGGCCAUGGACCUGUGGCAGGUGCCGCUGCUCUUCUCCCGCCUGCCUAUGUUCCCUUUCUUCGACCUGGCGCACUAUGUCGCCUCCGUGGUGGCGUUGAAGGAGCAGCGGGGAGCUGUGGAGGUGUCAGUCCGGAGUCCAUUUGCCUGCUGGUUUAGUGCUAUGCUUCAUUGCUUUGGUGGUUCACUUUUGUCCUCGUUGAUGCUUGCAGAACCUCCAGUUGCAUUUCUGGCCAAGGGCGCAAAUAUUCUGCUGGCGUCUUCAGUCUGGUAUCUGGUGUUUUACUGCCCACAAGACAUUUUCUGCCGGUGCUUUUCCUUUCUGCCUCUUCGUCUCCUGGUUGCAGGAAUGAAGGAAGUGACUAGGACUUGGAAGAUAACAGCUGGAGUUGCACAUGCAGACAGUCACUUCAAAGAUGCCUGGCUUGUCAUGGUGGCUGUGGGCUGGGCCAGAGGAGCUGGUGGUGGCCUAAUUUCCAACUUUGAGCAGCUGGUGAGAGGAGUGUGGAAACCUGAAACCAAUGAACUACUGAAGAUGUCCUACCCUGUGAAGAUAACUUUGAUAGGAGCAGUUCUUUUCACCCUGCAACACAGCCAGUACUUGCCAAUUGCAAGACACAACCUUGUGUUUUUAUACACCAUCUUUCUUGUCAUCUUGAAGGUAAAAACGAUGUUGACAAGAUGUGCAACUUCUCCACUUGCUCCCCUUGAGGCUGCAUUAGGCCAUGUGCUUUUUGGCUUGCGAAAGGCACCUUCCAAAGUGAAGGGUGAAAGUGCCACAUCUUCCAAUCGCUCUUCAGUCUGUGACCGGCCCUCUGAGCAGCACCACGAUGGUGUUAAGAAAAGACAAGCAAAGAAAACAGAAUAAGUGACUUGAAAUCCUUGAUGGUCUUGACCACUGAAGAUGUUUUAAUGCCAGAUUAGGCUGGCUGAGGAGUUUCUUUAAGGAAAUGCAUUUGUGAGGAGAGAACAGGACUGUGUUGUGGUUCGCCUUUGGAAUAUGUUAUGUAAGCUACUGUUCCUAUGUCUGAAUGCCCAGGUUGGAUUUGUAAGUUAAAACUACAGUUUUUUAUAUACUUACAAGUUUACUAAUUUUUGUAUUCGUGAUAACUUAAGGUGCUCACACGCUAAAAGGGUAGUUUUGAAAACGUGAAAAUCAUAUUUGUUAAUUUUUCUGAUAUUUCACUUGUUUCACCUCUUCCUAGCCAGCAGUUCUUAUGUUUCAUUUGGAUAACAUUGAUUUGUACUGUCAAGUGUUCACUGUAGCACAUCCCAAAUAAGAAAGUCAUCAUCUGAGUAAGGCAUAAUCACAUUGCACUGUGUAAAAUCAUAAAAAUGUACCACACUAAUGCCUUUAACUAGAAGAAUGACCAAAUUAUUGUU